AUGAUGCAUGCACAGCUAGAGAAGAGCACAGACGGUAACAGCAACGAAAUCCACAAUGCGGACAUUUUAUCGAAGGAAGAAAAAUCUCUACUUUUCAAAUCGUUGUUAGACUCGGUUUUCACAAAAAAUUCCAACUCCGAUGCCACAACGAGAUCCAGAUCCACAGUCGAUGUGUCCCAGCUGAACAUCGACGAAGAAAAGGUGUUGAUAAUUACUUCCUGGUUCAACAAUGGCCAGAAGCAACAGACCCUGCUACAGCAACAAACUGCCCUACCGCGUGCGGUUUUCAGUACGUACCUAGCAAGAGACUACACCAAGACUCUGUGGGAGGUUUUCCGCCUUCUUGAGAAGAGGUGCUUGAAGAAGUACUUAUACCAGCUACGACCCGAAAUCUCCUUCUAUAUCUGUGUGCAGCCGAACGACGUUAGCAACACGCUUCCUGUUUCCUCCCUGGACAUCGACGUGCUCUCCUGCUCCACCUGCGGCUGCUUCUCCGCCCUUGAACAAUGCUGCUGUCACCUUCUGCUGCUCUAUCUUCAUCUGCGCCACCAUAUUGCUGUGCAAGAGGUGGUGCUCUGGAGUGAAUCUGACUGGCUCCUUCUGCAGGGCCGAUCGGCUCAGGAAUAG